AUGAUUAAAAUUGGCUAUCAAGGUGUCGAAAACAGUAACAAUUAUAUUGCCGCCAAAAGAUUCGUCGAAUCAAAUAAAAUAGAAAACUAUGUUUUAGUUCCGUUAACCACUUCUGAAAAUGUGGUGAACCAUUUGCUCAGUAAAGAAAUUGACCUUGGCAUUAUGGCAGUUUCAAACUCAAUUAUCGGACAGGUUACAGAAACUAAAAACGCCAUUGGCAACAAAGAUUUGACAGAAGUUUCAAGAGUCGAAUUAACUAUCAAACAUUCCGCGUUUAAACUAAAUUCAGAUCUUUCUGGUCUGAAUGUUAAAUACGUAGUCUCACACGAAGCGGCUUUAGGGCAAUGCAAACAUAAUAUUGAAUUGAACUAUCCUAAUGCUGAACUAAUAUCUAUAAAAAACAGUGGUUUGGGCCCACCAAUGCUUGUUGCAGGGAAACUUGAUUCUUCUUCCGUCGUCCUUUGCCCACCGAAAGCUGGUGAGAAAUAUGAUCUGGUGAUGGAUCACGAAAAUUUGUCGGACACGUAUGACAAUGUGACAUCCUUUGGAAUAUUUAAACUUACAAGUUAA